UUCAACAAUGGCAGUUGGAUCUGGAGUUUUCCUCUCUCACACACGAAGCGGAGAAGAAAUGGGAGGUGGAAAGGACAAGCAUGAUAAGGACAGUGAUAAAGGACUACAUGGGCAUGGGCACUCUGGAUAUGGGCACUCUGGAUAUCCUCAGGCAGGAUACCCCCCGGCCGGAUACCCUCCCCCGCCUGGGGCAUAUCCGCCUGGGGCAUAUCCGCCCGGGGCAUACCCGCCACCACCAGGGGCAUAUGGAUACCCUCCACAAGGUUAUCCUCCGCAAGGUUAUCCUCCAGCUGCAUACCCGCCGGCAGGAUACCCUGGUUCAUCUGCACCACCACAUCAAGGAGGGCACGGACCUAACAUGGGGGCAAUGUUAGCCGGUGGAGCUGCAGCAGCUGCUGCUGCUUAUGGAGUGCAUCAUAUGGGUUCUCAUCACAGUGGUCAUGGGGGUUAUGCAGGCCAAAUGUAUGGUCACCAUGGCAAGUUCAAGCACCACGGCAAAAUGAAACACGGCAAGUUUGGAAAGCACAAGCACGGGAAGCAUGGCAUGUUUGGUGGCGGCAAGUUCAAGAAAUGGAAGUGAUCUCAAUUGUGCCUAGAGCUACAAGAUGAAGUAUACCUAUCUCACUACAUAUUUAAUGAAUAACAUGAAGACUGGUCUGUGAAACUCGUUCAGUUUUUUUUUUUUUUUUUGCUUUCAAGUUUUAACUUUCAGUAUCUCUGCUGUAACUCUUGAUUGGUUGUUUACCGUGAGUUUUUCCUUUUAUGUGUAUUUCUAAUAUUGUACUAUUAUCUUUAUCCAAUGAAUUUAAUGUCUGAAAGGAAAAAAAAUCUUAAUUUUAGUAAAAUAAAAUGGUAAUUGGAAUUUGGAAGUCCA